AUGAAUGCAAAUCUUGGUUUGCUCAAGUUGGGCCAGCCCGUGAUCAUCCACUUCUUUUUAAGUGGACUGUAUUUGGAGAGUCUUCAGAUGAACUUUCGCCAAUAUACACAUUAUGGGCAACAUUUAUCGGUCUAUAUAUUGCAAAUUUUGUCGUGGAAAGAUCAACUGGGUAAGCCGGUCUAUAUGUUGUGUUGUUAUUUUGUCAUCUUAUUAGUUAUCUGUCUUUAUUACAUCAGAUGGGCUCUUACCCACCCUCUAUCAGCCGAAGAAAUCGAGAGGUUGAAGGAUGAGCAACGAAAGCCUAAGUUCUUGGAUAUGGUUCCUUGGUACUCAGGGACAUCUUCAGAUCUAUUCAAGACUGCUUUUGACCUCCUUGUGUCUGUAACUGUUUUUAUGGGGCGAUUUGAUAUGCGUAUGAUGCAGGCUGCAAUGAAUGGCACUCGUGAAGGGGCUAAACAAGAAGAUUUCCUAUAUGACCAUUUUAGGGAAAAUGAUGACUUUUGGUUUGACUUUAUGGCUGAUACAGGCGAUGGUGGCAACUCCUCCUAUUCUGUUGCUCGCCUUCUUGCUCAACCUUCACUUGAUGGUAGGACCAAAGAUUCUUCGAUUAAAUUGCCUCGUGGGGACCUUCUUCUUAUUGUAGGCGAUCUCGCGUACCCUUAUCCCUCACCAGACACUUAUGAAAAGCGUUUCUUUUAUCCUUUCGAGGAGGCUCCUCGGCCACCUUCAUGGUAUAAAGAAGAGCAUAUAGCUAUAAACAAGCCUGAGUUGCCUGUUGGCAUUUCUGAUCUAAAACAGUACGACGGGCCACAAUGCUUUGUUAUCCCCGGAAACCAUGAUUGAUUUGAUGGACUUCAAACUUUUAUGAGGUAUAUAUGUCACAAGAGUUGGUUAGGUGGAUGGUUAAUGCCCCAAACGAAAAGCUACUUUGCUUUUGCAGCUCCCCAAAGGAUGGUGGGUGUUUGGUCUUGAUUUAGCACUUCAAAGCGAUAUCGAUAGUUAUCAGUUCAAGUUUUUCUCAGAGCUCAUAAGCGAUAAGGUUAAAGAGAAUGAUUCUGUGAUUGUUAUGACACAUGCACCAAAUUGGAUUCUUGAUUACUACUGGAAUGAACCCAGUGGAAAGAAUGUGUCACACCUUAUACGUGAUCAUUUAGUAGGAAGGUGUAAACUUAGCUGGAGAUUC